GAUCCUCAACCUUCCUUUCCUUUCCUUUACUUUAUUACUUUACUUUCUCCAAUCAAUCAAUCAACCAACUUUCUCUUCCUCUUCCUCUUCUUCGUAUAUUCCUUAUUUCCUUUCCAAUCAUUCUUCUUAUUUAGAAGAUUCUUCUUUGCUUUACUUUUACUCGCGAGCCCAAAUUCAUUCAUUCAUUCAUUCAAUCUUUUCUUCUUCAAUCUGCUGCUUUGCCUAGAAUGAAGGGUUUUAAUUUUGUAACUGAUUUUCCAAAGAAUAAGAGGCUGUUCCUUUCGACCAUCCUCCUUCUCGUUUCUUUGAUUUGCGCCGCUUAUUUCCUUGCUAAUGCAUUCCACUACAAACAAGUAAGAUUAGCACGAUGGGGUCUAAUUUAUUCAAUUCCGGAUACAACAACAUCCAAUGAAAAAUGCAAGACACAAUGCCACCCUUCUGGAACUCACCCAUUGCCUCAAGGAAUUGUUGCUACAACAUCUAACUUGGAAACGCGUCCCUUAUGGGAGGAUGACCACUCUCCUACAAAUUCAAACCGCCCAUUCAAUUUGUUGGCUAUUCCGGUAGGAGUUAAGCAGAAACAAGUUGUUGAUAAAAUCGUCAAAAAGUUCCCGUCCAGUGAUUUUGUUGUCAUGCUUUUUCAUUACGAUGGUUUUGUGGAUGAAUGGAAGAAUUUAGCUUGGAGUAAUCGUGCCAUACAUGUGUCUGCUAUAAAUCAAACAAAAUGGUGGUUUGCAAAACGAUUCUUGCAUCCAGACAUAGUUGCUGACUACAAUUAUAUAUUUCUCUGGGAUGAGGACCUUCUUGUUGAUAAUUUUGAUCCACAGAGGUAUUUAUCUAUUGUUAAAGAAGAAGGACUAGAGAUAUCACAGCCUGCACUGGAUCCUGGUAAAUCAGAAAUACAUCACCCACUGACAGUUCGUAAUGCAAGAUCAAAAGUGCACAGAAGGUAUUAUAAGCUAAAAGGUAGCGGAAGGUGUGAUGACAAUAGCACAGCUCCCCCUUGCUUAGGGUGGGUGGAAAUGAUGGCACCGGUGUUUUCUAAAAAAUCUUGGCAAUGUGUAUGGCAUAUGAUCCAGAAUGACUUAAUCCAUGCCUGGGGACUGGAUAGACAGCUCGGUUAUUGUGCACAGGGCGAUAGAAUGAGAAAUGUCGGUGUGGUGGAUUCUGAAUACAUAGUUCAUCUUGGCCUGCCCACUCUUGGGGGAUCUAAUGACAAUGAGACGUCGUCAAAUUCCCGUAGAGAGAGUGAUAGACCUAAAGUGAGGAUGCAGUCAUAUAUUGAAAUGCAGGUUUUUGGCAAAAGAUGGAAAGAUGCAGCAGAGAAGGACCAAUGUUGGAUUGAUCCAUAUGAACAACAUCAAAAUCAGACUAGCCAUUAGUCAGUUUUAUGAGGUUUCUUAUCAAAAUCCAAGUUCACGGUCAACGUUUCCAACUGACCAAAGUCGCAUACAUCAUAUCAGAUUUUGAUGAAUAAAAACGUGUGAUUUUAGUUUCCAGUCUGAUUUUGCUAUUUUGGUUUGAUGUCUCAAAGAUUUUACAGGAACUAUUCUACUUUCCUCUUGUGAUUAAGUUAUUCAUUCAUUCACUUAAAUAUUGGUGUACAUAGAAGUGGUGGUAUAGAGGUGCUAAUAGGAGGAGUGACAGAAAAAGUGUUAGUUCAUAGUUUUUUUUUUUUGGUCAAUGUAAAAUAGGUUACUUUGUCGAACAAUAUGUUAUCGAACGUUAUUAUUUGGAUUUGGAUGAUUCAAAUUUUCUCAGCUCUAAAA